AAUCAAUGCUGCAUGCGCUGACAGCAAGGCAUUUGCAAAAGCCUUCCAGAAGCAUGAUGACAACGUUACGACAGGGGCUUGCUUUGCGAUCUUGAUCACGCUUUGAAAACCCAGAGUUGUUGCAGUUUUUAUUUCUAAAUUAAGCAUGAGGUGAGAAACCGGUGGGUGCGUGACAUUCGUGGUUAGAGUUGUAUCGAUCCCUUGCAGAAUUCAGUUGAAGCCAAGACAGAAAUUAGGAAAGAUGUGUGAUAACCAUUUGCAAUGAAGGAACAGCAGUAUGGUUUCCCAUUAAAAGUGGCCCUCAGAAUGGAGUCAAAGAUCUUUCCAUGGCUGUAGCUGCACCAGAAGACGUCUUCAACCUGCUUCUUUUUCAUCAUGCCUUUUUCUUGUGAUGGAUACAGACCCAAAGACGGCCUCUUCCUCAGCUUUUUUGUGAAGCAGCAUAGCCAUGGCGUAUGGAUUGUUUUAUGUGACCAUGUUUCCCCCCCCAAAAUCAAAUGGCAACGUGUUAAAAAUGUUUCUGGAUAAAUUCACAUUCAAGAGGAUGACAAUGCAAGAGGAAAGAAUCCUUCAAUAUCUCUGAAUUAUUACAGAAACAAACCCAAACAUCUCCAAAACAAACGAAAUGAAUCCUCCGAAAAGCACAAAGAUUUUGGGACAGGCGGCACUUAUGUAAGAUUUGGUUUCAUUACAUAAUGUCAAGAAAGCAGGCAACACAUGGAUUCUGCAUUUGCUACUUCUCAAAUUGUCCUAUUUCCUUUCUUUGAAGGCUCAAAUAAGCUCAGCUCUUGAGCUGAUCAUCUUACCCUUUUCCAGCACUUCGUGGAAAGCACAAUGGUGGCGGACGGCGCUGGAUGCAACGGAGAGAACGAUUUCUCAAAGCGUUUCUACGCCAUCACGUACACCAUCAUCUUGGUGCCAGGACUGAUCUGGAACAUUCUAGCUCUCUGGGUGUUUUAUGGCUAUAUGAAAGAAACCAAGCGAGCUGUGAUUUUCAUGAUGAACCUCGCCGUGGCAGACUUGGCGCAGGUUCUGUCUUUGCCCCUUCGGAUUUUCUAUUAUCUGUCCGAAAGCUGGCAUUUGGGCAGAGAAGUCUGCAUGUUUUGCUUCUACUUGAAAUAUGUCAACAUGUACGCAAGCAUCUUCUUUUUAGUCUGCAUCAGCGUGCGGCGUUUUUUAUUCAUCAUGUAUCCCUUCAAGUUCAGUGACUGCAAACGCAUCUAUGACAUCUACAUCUCCUUAGCAGGGUGGAUUGUCGUCUGUGCGGGUUGCCUGCCUUUCCCCCUUCUACGGCUUACCUCCAACGAGACCCACACAAGCAACAAAUGCUUCGUGGAUCUUCCCGUUAAGGCCGUAGAUGGGACCAUCUCCAUUGUGAUGAUGACCGUCGGCGAACUGGUUGGAUUUGUGACUCCUUUGCUGAUCAUCCUGUACUGUUCGUGGAAGACCAUCUUGUCUCUCAAGGAGAAGAACUUGGUCUCUCAAGACCUUGGAGAGAAACGGAAAGCUCUCAAGAUGAUCUUGACCUGUGCGGUGGUCUUCCUGAUCUGCUUUGCUCCCUACCACAUCAGCUUCCCUCUGGAUUACUUGGUGAAAGCCAACAAAAUCAAGGAUUGCUACGCUCGAAAGGUGAUUUUGAUAUUCCACGCAGUGGCCUUGUGCCUUGCCAGCAUGAACUCUUGCGUGGACCCGGUCAUUUAUUAUUUUACCACUGACGAGUUCCGAAGACGGCUCUCAAGGCAGGAUUUACAGGACAGCAUUCACCUCCACAACAGACGCUACAGAAACCGGGUUGACUCAAUGCAAGGGAGUGCCAUUGAGGAUGUAGUGGAAAAACCCAAUAGUACUACCUGAUAUGGCUUCAGGGGUCUAGGGAGCUCUGAAUUGUAUUGGUGUGGCAUGAGCAAGGUUCUGAUGUUCUUGCAAAUUUAUGGACUACUUGACUUUUAAACAAUCUACUAGUACAGUGUUUCUCAACCCUCCUAAUGCCACAUCUCUUAACACAGUUAAGAGAUGUUGUGAUGACCCCCAACCAUAAAAUUAUUUUUGUUGCUACUUCAUAAUUGUAAUUUUGCUACUAUUAUGCAUCGUAAUGUAAAUAUAUGCUAUGCAGGAUGUAUUUUCAUUCACUGGACCAAAUUUGGCACAAAUACCCGAUAUGUCCAAAUUUGAAUACUGGUGAGGUUGGAGGAGAUAAUUGAUUUUGUCAUUUGGGAGUUGUAGUUUCUGGGAUUUAUAAUUCACCUACAAUCAAAGAGCAUUCUGAACACCA